UCAGUUUGCUGUUGCAUCCCAGCAGUGCAUCCCAGCAGUGCAUCCCAGCAGUGCAUCCCACAAGUAACAUCAGCUUCAGCCUAGAACAAUGUCGGCCCAAUCGGACCUCAUUCACAUGUUCAAUGGAGUUCCCUUCACAACAAAAUCCUCACCCGAUCUGCUGAGAGCCUUAAACAACUUCCAAGCCAGGGAUGAUGACCUUCUGCUGGUGUCCUAUCCAAAAUCUGGCACCCACUGGCUGGCAGAAAUUCUGAGGCAACUCUACAAUGCCAAAGCCCCCAACAAGGUCUCUAUAACUUCUCCUAUUGAGUUUGGAGAUGUUGGAAAGCUAGAGGAACUGAAGUCUAUCACUACCAGGAGGAUCAUCCCAACACAUCUGAGCUAUGAGAUGAUCCCAAAUGACUUCAAGGACAGAAAAUGCAAGUCUACAGACUAUGAUUCACUGCAGUUUUUGUGUUUUUACAAAGAUGUGAAUUUUUUUUUUAAAUUUUCAGUUGUGUGUGGAUCCUGGUUUGACCAUAUUUUGGGGUGGGAGGAGCACAGGAACGAAAUGUCAACUCUCUUCCUGUACUACGAGGCCAUGAAGAAGGACCUCCCCAAAUCUGUUAGAAAAAUCAGCUCUUUCCUCAGCAUCAAUCUCAGCGACAAUGAAAUCAGUGCCGUCUGCAAGAAGACCUCAUUCGGGGAGAUGAAAACCAGUGUGGAGAAGGAGAACAAUGACCCAAGCCACACAGUGUGCGCUCUGACAACCAACAAGAAGCUCAUCUUCAGGAAGGGGACCGUCGGUGACUGGAAACAAUAUUUCACACCAAAACAGAACCGAUUAUUGGAUGAACUCUACAAGGCAAAGAUGGAUUCCAGCUCUUUGGCCAAGAACAUUGUCUACGAGUAGCAAGAAUGAGACCCGAGACUGAUCAUUAUGGAAUCUCUGUAUAUCUGAGACUAAACAAGUGUGAGAUGUUACAAUCCCCAACAGAAAACUCUGCACCCCUGAUUGCUGAUUCAAAAAUGGCUGCCCCGUGUCUGCCAAUCAAUUUCUUUCCUUGUGGUGGUGACCCCGCCCCAUUCCUAUGGCCAUUUCCUCUCCAGUACAAGGGAACUAUUACUAUUGGUGUAGCACAAUCCUCAUUGUAAUGAAUGUCCCUUGUGUUGUUGUAAUGCAGAUCAGUACUAGGGCUGGUGUAUGUAACGGGGUUAAUACUAAUUAGAUGGUUCUUCUUAAUCAGAGAAAUGAAAAGCACUUUAUCAUUAGGGGAAGAAUCAGUUCCCCAAUUAUCAUUAUGAUCUUAGGGCCGACAUUUAAGUGGAAGGCUGGCUGCUUUGAAGCCCCAUUGCUGUAGAAGCUGGAGGCUCUGAUGGUCAAUGGAGUCUCCCUGGUGAAGACCACAGAACUAUAGCCAAGAGCUGGUGCAAUUUGAAUAUAUUCCCCAUUAAACUGCUUCCCACUACCUGCAAACAUACAGAACAAGCAAGUUGCUUCAUAUUCCAUCUACUGUUGGGCAAAACUGUUGUUUAACUUGAACUCUCUGCAUUCACUUUCCAAGCCGGGUUGUUUUUGCAGGUAUUAUAUUUCUCCUAAUAACAGGGUUCCAAAACCAGAACUGUACCUCCAGGCCUGUCUCUUAUUGGUUUGAAUCUAAACUUGUAUUGUCUUGUAUUGUUUUUCUGUGAACUCGCCACCAGGGAAGAUUAAUAGGCUGAACUGUUUGCUUUAUACACUGAAUAAACUACUUCAGAUACUGA